CAGCUGUGCUCGUGAACCCGCCCGUUAGUUGCUCGCUCGGCUCCUCUCUGGGGCUCCGCGGUUCCUCUCUUCCCCGCUCACCGCUGCUGUGUGUCGGUGUGGAUACAGCCUGGUCUGCUGGUUCUCCUGCUCCUUCAUUCGGGCUGAAAUUCUUCGCCCCUCGGCUUGCAGCUUCUCCGGACUCCGGAGAGUUCAGAUCUCCUCAGGUUCUCCUUCGGUUCCCCGCUGACUGCUCCUCUUAGGUUACAGCAUCGCUCGGGAUCCGCGCCGGUUUCUUUGACUCCUUUUUAAAGUUUUAGACCCGGUUCUUUGUGGUUCAGGAUGGGUUGGAGUGUCCCGGUUUUGCUGUCUGUCAUCUGCGCUCAGCUCGCUGCGGGAGUCCCGGACGGACCGGACGUCCAAGUGAUCGACGUGUUGGGUCUUCAGGACUCGAAGCAGAGUGUCGCAGCAGUGGAGAAGUUGUCGGGUGGCCUGAGCGCACUCAGCGACAUCUAUGUGGUGUCCACGUUUAGGCUGCCAGCAAAGCUUGGAGGAGUCCUGCUGGGCAUCUACAGCAAGCAGGACAACAGGAAGUACCUGGAGCUCGCUGUCAUGGGGAAGAUCAAUAAAGUCCUGGUUCGUUACAUCAAAGCUGAUGGGAAGAUCCACACCGUGAACCUGCAGAACGCUAACCUGGCAGAUGGACGGACUCACUCCAUUAUCCUGAGAGUCGGUGGCCUUCAGCGUACCAACAUCAACAUGGAGCUGUAUGUGGACUGCCGAUUAGCGGACUCCAGCCAGGGACUGCCGCCAUUGGUUCCUUUGCCCAGAGAGGCAGAGAUGGUGGAGAUUAGACAUGGACAGAAGGCAUACGCCCGACUCCAGGGGGCUUUGGUGUCCCUCAUGAUGGCUUUAGGUGGCAGUGUUGCUAAAGCUGGAUCUCUGACUGACUGCCCGUUUCAAGGAGACUCAUCAUCCUAUAACUCAGGUGACCACACCAAGGCUCUGAUUGGCCAGCUCAUUAUCUUUAACCAGAUCCUGGGAGAGCUGCGGCAGGACAUCAGAGAACAGGUGAAGGAGAUGGCUCUGAUCAGGAACACCAUCCUGGAGUGUCAGGUUUGUGGUUUCCAUGAGCCUCGUUCCCGCUGCUCUCCUAACCCCUGUUACAAAGGUGUGUCCUGCAUGGAGAGUUUACACUACCCAGGAUACACCUGUGGGUCCUGUCCACCUGGAACCACUGGCAAUGGGACGCAUUGCAGGGACAUCAACGAGUGUGAUGCGCAGCCUUGUUUCUCUCCCCAAGCCUGUGUGAACACAAUCGGGGGGUUCAGCUGUCUGCCAUGUCCUCCAGGCCUAUGGGGGGCGCCACUGUCUGGAACUGGACUGGACUACGCCAAAACAAACAAACAGGACUGUGUGGAUAUUGACGAGUGUGUUGAUCUGCCUGACGCCUGUGUACCAAACUCUGUCUGCGUCAACACUGUGGGCUCAUACAAAUGUGGAGGCUGUAAACCUGGUUUCCUUGGCAACCAAACAUCAGGAUGCUUCCCUAGGAAGUCCUGUGCUGCACUGACCUUUAACCCCUGUGACAGCAAUGCCCACUGUGCCAUGGAGAGAAACGGAGAGGUUGCCUGCAGGUGUAAUGUGGGCUGGGCCGGUAACGGGAACACGUGUGGCAAGGACACGGACAUUGACGGGUAUCCCGACCGCUCGCUGCCCUGCAUGGACAACGACAAACACUGCAAACAGGACAACUGUGUGUUCACACCAAACUCUGGCCAAGAGGACGCCGACAACGAUGGGAUUGGAGAUCAGUGCGAUGAGGACGCUGAUGGAGACGGCAUCAAGAACGUGGAGGAUAACUGUCGUUUGGUCCCUAACAAAGACCAGCAGAACUCGGACAGUGACUCAUUCGGAGAUGCCUGUGAUAACUGUCCCAACGUCCCCAACAGCGACCAGAAAGACACAGACAACAAUGGACAGGGAGAUGCCUGUGACCAGGAUAUCGAUGGAGACGGUAUUCCCAACGUUCUGGAUAACUGUCCGAAGGUCCCAAACCCGAUGCAGACAGACAGAGACAGAGACGGCGUCGGAGACGCCUGCGACAGCUGUCCUGAACUCAGCAACCCCAUGCAGACGGAUGUAGACAACGACCUGGUCGGAGACGUUUGCGACACCAACCACGACACGGACGGUGACGGUCAUCAGGACAGCAGAGACAACUGCCCAGACAUUCCCAACAGCUCCCAGCUGGACUCCGAUAACGACGGCCUGGGAGACGACUGUGACCAUGACGAUGACAACGAUGGCAUCCUCGAUGACCACGACAACUGCAGACUCAUCGUCAACCCCAACCAGAAAGACUCUGAUGUGAAUGGUAUCGGAGAUGUCUGUGAGAACGACUUCGAUAACGACGCUGUGAUGGAUUUGAUCGAUGUAUGCCCGGAGAGCGCUGAGGUCACGCUGACAGACUUUAGAGCCUAUCAGACGGUCGUCCUGGACCCAGAGGGCGAUGCCCAGAUUGAUCCUAACUGGGUGGUGCUGAAUCAGGGUAUGGAGAUUGUCCAGACGAUGAACAGCGAUCCUGGUUUAGCCAUAGGCUACACAGCGUUUAAUGGCGUUGACUUUGAGGGAACGUUCCAUGUCAACACGGUGACGGACGACGACUACGCUGGCUUCAUCUUUGGCUACCAGGAUUCAUCCAGCUUCUACGUGGUGAUGUGGAAACAGACGGAGCAAGCAUACUGGCAGUCCAUCCCCUUCAGAGCCAUCGCCCAGCCCGCCCUGCAGCUCAAGGCGGUGAAGUCUCGGACUGGACCAGGUGAGUUCCUGAGGAAUGCCCUGUGGCACACUGGAGACACACCUGGGGAGGUGAAGCUGCUCUGGAAGGACCCACGAAACACCGGCUGGAAGGACAAAACCUCAUAUCGCUGGCAGCUGAGCCACCGGCCGCAGGUGGGAUACAUCAGGGUCAAGCUGUUUGAGGGGACAGACAUGGUGGCAGACUCUGGGGUUGUGAUCGACACCAGCAUGAGAGGAGGACGGCUCGGCGUCUUCUGCUUCUCCCAGGAAAACAUCAUCUGGUCCAACCUGCGCUACAGAUGUAACGACACGGUGCCCGAAGACUUCCAGGCUCAUCGUAAACAAGUUCUGAUGCACAUUCAGGUCUGAGAGCUGCAGACGGACUGUUAACACACCCCACACGCAACAUGAAAAGCAUCAGUACACACAUCGCUGAACACUCACGGAGCCUGAGCUCCUCUGAACCCACUUUAACUGUAGUCUGAAUGUGAGCUGGGAAUGUGCAGCCUGAAUGAGUGAGUGUGUGUGUGUGUGUGUGUGUGUGUGUGUCUGUGUGUGUUAUGAAUGAAAUGUCGUUAAAAGAGAGAAAGCAGCCGAAAGAGUGAACAGUCUGGGGAUACAGUUCAGGAGCACCUGAACGCACCAUCAGUGUCCGUCUACGUUUGAAUGUCUCUGUUUGUUUAAUAUGAGUGACCAGCAUUGGAACAGGUGAAGCAGAACAGGUGUGCUUUAAAGUUUAGUGUCUUAGAAUUAAAUGUACUUUUUUUUUUUAAUUAUCAGUGGAUUUAUGUGUGCAUUAUUUUAUCACACAGCUGUUGAAUGCAGGAGAAGUUGUGUAUUUUAAUCUCUAUUAUUUUGUGGUCUUAUUUUGCAUUAAUAAUCUGCAGAGUGCUUAAUAACUGGAGCUAAAUGGCGGAUGAGUUUGAGCAUUUAAGGAGGAGCAGAAAUGCAUCAGUGUGCAGCAGAUGUAUAACACAUGACAAAACUAAAUCUUUGGAAUAUUAUCUCGUUCUUGUAAUUGAAAUUAACAUCAGAUUAAUUGCCUGGCUGUAGCAACAUCUUCACCUCAGGAUGCUUUGACUGCCGUGUUUCUCUUACAGUGACUCCAGUAGUUUAGUACUUUUCCAUCUGCAGGUGAAAGCGAUUUCACUGAAGAGCAGCAGCGCUAUGAAAUUACUCUCUGAAAUUUCCAGUUUUUGAGGUCAUUUUUCCGAAUUUAUCCCUAAUAUAAAUAUCAGGUUUUUCUUGUGAGCCUCCGAUCUUCAAUCAGCUGCUGUCCAGUCUGCGGUGGAGCUCCAGAAUGAAAUAAUCCAGGUCUGCUUCUGUGGAGAGAUGCGGCAUGAAAGCUGUUGUUUCUGGCUUUGCCUCGAUGAUGCGUUGGUGUGCUCGUCUUUCAUUCGUCUCCCCCCAGAUUCUCUCCUCUUUCUGCUUGUUACUGAUCUGGGUUUAAUUUAAGACUCUAGUUCAAAUUCAUCACUGAUGUUUAACACAGACGAGGACAUGUAAAUCAGCACCCUGACAGGUGCAAACACACACACAGACUUCAUUUCCAAAUUAAUGUGCAUCCACUGACAAGAAAGAAGAAGGACCAAAGAUUUCUGGACCUCUUUUGAUCAGAAAAUCUCAGUUUAACUGAUCAACAAACCAACGCAAACCUCUCAUGCUGAGACCUGAUAAGCUAACGUUACAGAGAGGAGAGUCUUUGAUUCCAGUGGAAAGUGAAAUGCAUAUUUUUGUGUGUCUUCAAAUGUACAUAUCUUUGUUGAAAUAAACCCAAACCAUGAC